GUUUUUUUUUGCAAUCUUUGACUCAUUUAGGAAAAUUGACACAUCAUUACGAAAAGAGGCCAUCGAGCUUGCUAAGGGUGCAGAAUGGGGAGGACAGAUUAUGUCUGUCGACGACGAGUAUCGCUGGGCUGGAACAAAAGAUCCGAAAAUCGUAAUUACUACAAGCAGAGAUCCAUCGAGCAAAUUGAAAGUUUUUGUGAAGGAAAUGAAACUGAUUUUUCCCAAUGCACAGAGAUUAAACAGAGGUCAUUAUGAUGUCAAGCAACUCGUACAAGCUUGCAGAGCGAACGAUGUAACCGAUUUCAUCCUCUUAACUGAAACUCGAGGUAAUCCUGACGGGAUGGUGGUCUGUCAUCUUCCUUUCGGUCCAACUGCUUACUUUACCAUGGCUAAUGUUGUAAUGCGGCAUGAUAUACCGGACAGAGAAGCAGUUAGCGAGCAGUAUCCUCAUCUGAUUUUCCAUAAUCUUGGCAGCCGCUUGGGACAAAGAGUGUGUUCAAUUUCUGAAUAA